UAUUCUACGUAGACACGUAAUAGUAUAAGGUCGGUGAAUUACCCAAAAAGGUUUCCCAUAUUGUUUUCCUCACAGCUCCUAUAAAUAUAUUAAAAUCACAAUUGCCUUACAACGAUGUGGAAGGUACUUACCUGACAAAAGAUUUAGUUUUGCAGCAAAGCUUCAAUUCCUUAUAGAUAAAAAAAAAAGCAUGACAUUUACCAGUAAUUUCCGACAAGAAAGAGAGCCAGAAAUGGAGCGCGAAGCCGAAAGGCGGCGGCGGGAUUUGGUGGUUCUGGUGCCUAGCCCCUUCCAAGGGCACGUCACCCCUAUGCUCCAGCUGGGACACGUCCUUCACUCGAAGGGCUUCUCCAUCACAGUGGCCCACGCCAGAUGCAACGCCCCUGACCCUUCAAACCACCCUGAAUUCUCCUUCCUAGGUCUGGGAGAAAACAUAAGCAUAAACUUAGAUGGGAUCAUAAAAGCAAGUGAUAUAGGCCUGAAAGGGAGGCUAGAAACCAUCUAUGAUAUGAAUGAGAAUUGUAGGGUACCCCUCCAGGAGUACCUGGAAGAGAAGGGAGAUGUGGUUUCUUGUAUCAUCUAUGACAACCUCAUGUUCUUCGUCGAUCAAGUUGCCGCCCUUCUCGAUCUGCCUUCUAUCGUUUUACGCCCUUCCAGCGCUGCUUACUUCCCAGUUUUACUCCAUGUUCUUGAACAUGAAGACACUCUUUCUUCCCUUCCACAGGAUCCAAUUCCAGAGUUUCAUCCCUUACGAUACCAAGAUAUGCCAAUCGUCUUUCGACAAUCAGAAGAAGUAAGGCGUUUCAUGUUGACUUCAAACGAUAUAAGGUCUUCAGUGGCCAUAAUAUGGAACACAAUGGAGGAUCUUGAACACACAUGGUUGUCAAGGCUUCAACAACGUUACAAAGUGCCCAUUUUCUCAAUAGGUCCAUUGCAUAAGAUAGCCCCGACUAGCCGAACAACUAGCUUGAUCGAAGAAGACGAUAGCUGCCUCGCAUGGUUGGAUGAUCAAGCUCCUCAAUCUGUCAUCUUUCUUAGCGUAUGUGGGAGCUUGGCUGCCAUUGAUGAAACGGGCUUUGAAGAGAUCGCCUCGGGACUGGCUGAUAGCAACCAGCCUUUCCUUUGGGCAAUCCAGCCCAGUUCAAUUGAGGGUUUGGAAGAGAAAGAACGGCUCAUAGAAGACUUUGAGAAAAGAAAUAGAAACAGAGGACGAGUAGUGAAAUGGGCUCCACAAAAGAAAGUAUUGGCUCAUGGCUCGGUGGGUGGAUUCUGGAGCCAUUGCGGUUGGAACUCGACGCUAGAGAGUCUCGGUGAAGGCGUUCCGAUGAUUUGUAGACCGCACUUUGCUGAUCAAUUGGUGAACGCUAGGCUCUUAAUCCAAGAGUGGAAGGUCGGGUUGGAGUUGGAGAAGGUGGAGAGAGGUGUUAUUGCAGAGACUAUUAGAAGACUUAUGGUGGGAGAUGAGAGAAAAGAGCUGAAGAAGAAUGUCAUGGAUAUGAAACGGAAACUUGAUGACAGCUUCCAGAAAGAUGAAGGCACUUCAAACAAAGCAGUGAAUGAAUUAACAAACUUCAUAUCUUCACUCAGUUUAAAAUUCCCUUUGUGAGGUGAGGGCGGAACAGUCCUACCAAUUUUGAGUAACAAUAUCUACCAAGUGCUCCUGGUUUUCAAGGAUCCCAUUUUCCUAAUAGUCUAAAUAAAAUCAUGUAUUUUAAUUUAUAAUAAAUGCAGUUGGUUUUGCUUAAACAUAUAACUAAGGAAAACAUGAUUUCAUGCAAGAUAGUGUCACCUACUCACGCAAGAUAUAAACCUCUGAAACAUCUUAGCAACAUUUGUAUGUCUGUGAAACCAAAUGUUCAAACCAUACUUGUAAGUUGUAACUUAUUUGAACUAUAUCCGGAGUAUGUCUUUUUCUAAAGUGAUGCAUGUUAUCAUCCAAGUCCAUGCAUUUCAAAGUUCCUUAGACACUUACAUCUUCUGGUAAAUCCGGUCUUUGAUCAUCAAUGAAGUCGUAGGACAGGAAAAAACAUACUACGUAUGUAGUUAUAUAUUAGGAAUUCAAACAAGCGCAUUUUAAUAAUAUUGGGUUAUUUAUCGU